AUGUUCAACCACGAGUUGAGACAGUCAGGCAAGUUCAUGGUGAUGACCAAGUCCAAGGAAUCACUGCAGGUUUGGCAACCAGGUAAUCACAGUGACUUCAGCUGCCCCAUCUGUCUCCAGACAGUGACUCUCCCAGUAGAAACCAACUGUGGACAUUUAUUCUGUGGUUCCUGUCUGAUCACAUACUGGAAACACAGUUCCUGGCUAGCAGCAAUAACCUGCCCUCUCUGCAGACAAAAGGUGGUUGUUCUGGAUAACAUCUGUGAGAAGCAGCAGGAGCAGCCCAGUGACCAAACCGUGCAUGACAUCAGAGACUACAACAGGCGCUUCUCAGGACAGCCCCGGCCCCUUGCAGAUUACCUCUACGACAUGCUGAUACUCCUGCCUCUUGCCUUGCGUGGAAUCUUCACCUGGGGUGGCCUCCUCUGGAUUUUUUUCCUGAGAGUUGCUGUCUGCUCCUUUGGAACAAUCAUAUGCUUGUCUUCUCCAUGUGACACCAAGCCUGGGCCUCUCUGCAGGACGCUUGGAACAGCUGAUGACAUGGUGGUUGUCUCCCUUCUUUUAAUUUGCAUGAUAAACAUUUGUCAGCAAAUUGCAUCUAAUGGGGUAACUAUGGCCAGGUCUGCAGCUCCGAGCAUGCUCUCAGAGUCCUGACUGACUCAGACUUGGAUUCCUUGGUCAAACCUCAUCAAGUGAUGAUAGGCUUCUCUUUGAUUUGGGGCAGUGUAUGAUGGACUUGUCAUUCUGCUGCUGACAGAGGCUGAAGCAAGACUCAGCAAAACUUGGUGUGGCCGAAUGAUUCCAUGUGCAAGCGCUCAGAAGGUCAAUUCUACACUGGGUACUUGCUGGGCUCCUUCAUGCUGCAUUCUCCUGUGACUUGUCUGCACACAAAGUGAAAAUGCCUCAAGCUGUGAACAGAGCUUAAAAUUAC